GGCUGCGCUUCAGUGGGAUUCAGUGAUUCCCUGACAGGGAAAGCAACUCUUCUCCCAUCUGGCAGUCGGCUGCUUCUCACAGAGCCUGUACAACUCUCUCGAGGAAAGCGAGUGGUCAGAGACCAACAGGUGACUUGAAGCACAGUGAAAUUAUUUUGACCAAAUAACAGGAAAAUCUACUGCUGUUUCCGUGAACGCUGGGGUUACAUGAACUAGAGACAGAGGUCUGCUGCUUUUUGUGAACUGGAUGGUUUCUGCUAGGACCAUGGUGGUAAAGUAAAUAACUGAUACAGAGUGUGCUUGCAAGAUGGCACCUUGCAAAACCUAAGAAUUACUUGUGUCAUACCCUGUGUUUUCACAGAGGCACCCUGAAAGCUGGUGCAUUUAUAGCACAGAUCUUGCCUGAAAGUUAAAUGUUUGGUGAAGUGUUUGAAGACUUGGAGCUCAGCGUUGCAGACUCUUUUUGCCUGAGAUUGCUUUUGCACACUCCUGUAUGUUUGUCUGUUGUGAGGAAAUAGUAAAUUAGUUACUGGAAUGGGGGAAACUCUGCAAAGUUGACUCGCAGGCGUUAUGGAGUGAGUGCUGGAGGGCUCGUGCGGUUCUGAAAUGUCCUUGUGGCUGCUCUUCACUGUCCCUUUUGUAUUCUCCCCAAUGUUAUUUUGGCUCCCCACUUACCUAAGAUUCUAUUUUCCUGUUCUUAGUGAUUUGUGUUAGGUCUAGCAGAGCAGUCUGGGAUACUUAUGUGCAUGUAGCCCAAAACCAGUUCAGCUGUGUUUGGCUCUAACACUGUUCAUAAGGUAUCAUCUUUUUGAUGGUAGGUGGGGAGGGCAAUGUGUUUGCGUGUUAUUAAACUAUGUUUGACUCUUUACUUUGGAACAUUCCUUAACCUGGAGUCAUUUGUGCUUGAGUAAGUCUGAUCACUAAAUCUGCUUCUUAACAGCUCUCUCACAAAGCCCACGCUUCUUGGCUGCUGAACAGCAGAGCUUUGCCCAGUGGCCAUCACUGAGGGCAGUUCCAGCUUGUCCCAAGCAGGAACACUCAGCAGAGACCCUCUGCUGAGGAGAGAGGUGGUGUUCAGAGGGACAUCUGCCCUUUCUUAUACCUUGUGCUUGCCCCACCUAACAUGUUCCAGCACAACCACUGCAUGUGGGUGGAGAGACAUUUUAAAUUCCACACAGCUCGUGUUAUUAGUGUGUUGAGGCGCACACGUAAGCAUCGUUCCUGGGUGGAGGGGUCAUGCUGCUCUUGGGAGCAGCAGGUCAGAAGUGCCAUUAGCUGCACUGGAAAGCUGCACACUUCAAGUGAGCCAGAGAGAUAAUGCUGCUCUUUAGUUAUAACCUUUGCAAAUUUAGCACCCAUUUCUAACUCCUACAGCAGCUGAAAAGGGAAUGUUUGCUGCCAUGCCUUUCUGUAAAUCCUUAGCUUUGCUUCAGCUGUGUGAAGUGCUGGGCUUCCUAAUGCUCCAGGGCCAUUUUGGGAAGGUACAAUGACUCCAGCUCAAAAGCACAGAUAGCUUUCUUCCAGAUAGCUGUCAAAAUUUCUGUCCCAAACUGGUAGUCUUUCUGUCUAUUCAUCACAGAAGCAGUUCAGCUGAACCACCACUAAUUACAACCUGGUACAUAAAGUGCCAGAAGUAAGUGUGCCCUAAUGUGGUGUCAGCAGCUGCUUCACCAUCAGCUGAGUCACCACUGCGGUGGGGACAGGGGACAAGAGGGGAGCAUAAUGGCAGCCAUCCCAAGGUGAGCUGACCCCAGUGGGGAGCUGCAGCUUGGUCUUACACAAACAACAAAGCAAACAGCAAGCUAGUUAGUUAUUUUUUAUGACCAUGGGUUGCACCCCUUCCCUCACCCUUAUUCCUUCUGCUUAAACCUGCUUUUCCCUCUCUUCAGGAUUGUACAGGGAUGCAGCACACCCACCAGCUCUUGGGGUGGGGGGCAUGGGGAAACAGAAAAGGGUAAAAAAGUGUUUGCAUUCAUCAAAAUGAGAGCUGGGGGAGGGCUGAAUGCAGACUGGGCAUGCCUUAAUCCUUAGGUUGCUUUUCAGAUGCUAAAAUAGCAUAAUUAGCCUGGAGUAAUGAUUUAUAACUUGCAUUGCAACUCUUGUUUCUUACUAGACGUGCUUGGCAAGAUGGAGCCACCAACCUCCUCCAGGCUGAAUUCCCGAAAGAGAAGAAAAGAUGGAUCUGGCCCUAAUGGGGCGACAGAGCUGGAUGGAAUACCUCCAAAAAUGUCCCGACGUUCACUCGGACUGAGGGAACCAGCUCCAUUUUCAGACGAAGUGGAAAUCGAUUACAGCAAGCCAUACAUCAGAGUAACAUACGAAGAAGCGAUGAGAGGGACCCCUUUGGAUCGCCCCGUCAGAGUUUAUGCAGAUGGAAUCUUUGAUUUGUUUCACUCUGGACAUGCCCGGGCCUUGAUGCAAGCGAAGAACCUCUUCCCAAACACAUACCUCAUUGUUGGAGUCUGCAGUGAUGAGCUAACCCAUAACUUCAAGGGCUUCACAGUAAUGAAUGAAAAUGAGCGGUAUGAUGCUGUGCAGCACUGUCGCUAUGUGGACGAAGUGGUGAGAAAUGCGCCGUGGACGCUCACCCCCGAGUUCCUGGCAGAGCACAGGAUCGACUUUGUUGCACACGAUGACAUCCCCUAUUCUUCUGCUGGCAGCGAUGAUGUUUAUAAGCAUAUAAAAGAAGCAGGCAUGUUUGCGCCAACUCAGAGGACUGAGGGCAUCUCAACAUCAGAUAUCAUCACUCGGAUUGUGCGGGACUAUGAUGUUUAUGCCAGACGGAACCUGCAGCGGGGCUACACGGCUAAAGAGCUCAACGUCAGCUUUAUAAACGAGAAGAAAUACCACCUCCAGGAGCGUGUGGAUAAGGUGAAAAAGCGGGUGAAGGAUGUAGAGGAGAAGUCAAAGGAAUUUGUCCAGAAAGUGGAGGAAAAGAGUAUUGAUCUCAUUCAGAAGUGGGAAGAGAAGUCCCGGGAGUUCAUCGGCAAUUUCCUGGAGAUGUUUGGCCCAGAAGGCGCGUUGAAACACAUGCUGAAGGAGGGCAAGGGCCGGAUGCUGCAGGCCAUCAGCCCAAAGCAGAGUCCCAGCAGUAGCCCCACGCACGACCGCUCCCCGUCUCCCUCCUUCCGCUGGCCCUUUUCAACCAAGACUCCUCCUUCCUCACCGGCCAAUCGCUCCAGGAACGAGUCUGCAGUCACCUAUGACAUCAGUGAGGAUGAAGAGGAUUAAGCUACCAGCAGGGAUUUGCCGCGAACCGCUAAUCGACGAAUCCUAAGUCUGGACCCACUGGGGAACUCUAAAUGAGCAAGAGAGCCAUAGGAACAGGGCUGACGGUGAGCACAGGGCCUCAGAGGCACCCGUUGCUCUUAGCAAGGGCUGCUGCCUGGAAGCACAUUCAAUCCUCCUCUCCCUUCUCCUCCCCAAAUCCCCUUUUUAUUGUUUACGUUCUAGUGGUUUCCAGGGGAAAGAUGGGUUUUAUAUUUUAAGAAAAUACUCUUUUAAAGCGCAAAGAAUAGCACUCAAGCGUGGCUUUUGUUUUGGUUUCUUUUCCCUUGUUAAACCUCCAGGCAAGAGGGAGAGUGGGAAGACCCAUCUGUCUCUUCUUUCCUUCAGCUCCUCUGUCUUAUUCCCCCACCCCCAGGCAGUAUCCGUGCAGCUGCCAAACAAAAGACCCCUUGGUUCCUCACCCAGCGUGACCUCGAGAGCACGCAGGAAGCAGUGGUGUAAAGAGGCUUCUAGGCAAUAAGAGACAUCUCUGCUGCGCUGGAGCUGAUAGGAAUCUAUCCAGCAGACCCUGUAGUGCUCGCACGCCUCUUAGUUGAGCUUCCCAGCAUGUCGCAGUGAGGACGUGCUGGGUAGGGAGCUACCAGCUUAGCACACAGGAGUUACACCCUGGAAGAACUUACCAUAGAGUCGCACAUCCCACAAGUGCGCAGCAUUUGCGGCUCCAAAUGGUAUGGGGGCUGCAGGGGAAAGGCCUUUCCGGCUAAUCUUAACAAGACUGCUAAAUCUUGAGCUAAAAUUCAGCCCUCAAUUGCUGUUGGAGAGAAGAGAAUGAAUCUUUGCUUCAGGGCACUUGUUGUCUGUGCAUUUCCUUGGGUGUGUGAGAGCCCAGGUAGGAAAUGAAUGUGAGUACUCUGUUGAGAAGUUUCUUGUCCCAGUCUCUGGUGUGUAAUAAGUUUUACUGUCUGUCCAAAUGGCCCCUCAACACUGUGCUCUGUGCGUGUUUGUCUGUGUUUCAGUUGCUGUACUCUAAGGGCUGGAGCAGUCCUUUACACUGGUGCCAUGAAGUCGCUGCUAUAAGGACAAAAAGUGAAUUCGUACAGCCAGUUUGCUG